AUGACUGAGUAUUCAGUGCGCGAUGUACCACGUCAAGCUUUUGUUCAGUUUCUAGCUAUCCAUCUUUACAGGAAUAAGUUACUUGAAUGUCCUGUUAUGUCUCAUAACCCUGCCAACGCCAGUAAAUUCGCAAAUUUUCAAAAAUGGUGGUUCCUUGAAGCUGGUAAACUUAUUGUUCAAUGGUACGAAGCGCCUUCAAUGCCUCCCGUUCAGCAUCGUAAGCCAAAUAUGACAAAGCAAGAAAGAGAUGCAUUCUUUAAGAAUUAUUCCAUCGUUGAAUUAAUAAAUCAAUACGUGCAACUCGGUUGGGUCAUUCAGGAUAAAACAGGGAUCAUGUUCGUUACCGAUCUUGGGAAAGAUCAGCUCAAUAAGAUUGUUCGAGAAUUUAAAGUUAAGCAAGAUGCCAAAAAAGAUGCGCAACCAUGA